CAGAAGCCAGCUACACCUACAGGAAACCCCAUAUCGUCAUAUGAGGAAGGAAGCAAUGUUGCUACAGAGCAGCUCAACCGUCUUAUAAAAGACUGUUCAGUAUUCUCCUGAGGUGUCUAUUUCUAAGCAACAUUCAGUUCACCAGGGCCACAUGCAGGGGAGGUAGAACACUUGACCCAUCAUUAAUAUCAGCGCACACUGUGGAAGAAUGAAGUUAUUUCGAGGGUUGAGGAAUGAAGCAGUGAUGAGGACUAGAAACAUAGUCUCAGGAACAGCAUCCACUGAGCCAAACUCAGUGGAACACAGCGGAAAGACAGCGCCAGCUGGAAGAAAGUUUAAACCUUUAACAUUGCCCCAGAUCCUAAGACGGAAUUCCAAGAGUAACACCAGCAUCACUGCUCCAGAUGUCCCCAACACAUCCAGUGUUAUUACUGCCCCUCUCGAGGAGUUGUUGACUUUUGAGCAGAACCUUGAGAGAAAUCGCCUGUCUGCUGCUGGCCAACAGCUGAUUGAGAGAGAGGAGCGUCUAUAUGGACAGAUCUCAGAAGAGGUGGUUCAGUCGACCACAGAGAGGGAGGAGGAGAAAGAGCAGCUCACCAGAGAUCACAAAGCCCUCCUCAGCCAAAUAGACCUGGCUGUAAAGAGUUCUCUCAGUCCGGAUGAAGACAGUCUUGAGGCUCUGAAGUCUGCAGUGAAAGCUAUCCUACAGGAGGAGGAGCAGGAUAGGCAAUGGCUGAAGCAGGAGGGUAAACGGCCUGACUGGAGGCCCAGUGAGUGUAGACGUCACCACAACACUGUCCUCCAGAGCCUGGUGGAGGAGCGUAUGGACAAUGCCGAAUUGCCUCCUGAAGAGAGCAACAAGCUACGCUCCUCCCUGCAGAGGGAUGUCUGUGGGAAGGGCAGGCGGCUGCAGGAGGACCUGCUGAGGGUGGUGAAGGAUGUGAAGGGCUGCUACCCAGAGGACAUGGAUAUCUGCAACUUCUUUGGAAAGAUGUAUCACCAAGCCUUCAGCGCAGGAAUGAGGAAGAUUGAAGAGUAUGGGCUGGGCAUGGAUGACUGCUCUUACCUCCUGUAUUGGGUGAAUGUUGCCUACCCAGAAAUUCUACAAAAUCCGGAACUGACCAAGGUGAUUAACCCUGAAAUGUUUGGAAAGCUGUUGACUGAGGAGUUGACAACACCACUGGAGAAUCAAUGUCUUACUCACAAAGAGGCAGAGGUGCAGACAUUGAUCAACAAAGUGCUGAUGGUGGAGGAACAAGCCUGGAUGGAGGGGUCUGUGCCUGAGCUCAGAGACAACUGUUACUUUAGCCCCUUGGCCAUCGACGUAAUUCAGUUUAUUAAUGCUGCAGUGAAAUCGAUAGAGGCAGUUUGGGGAGACACGUCCAAAGUCCAGAUAAUUGUGUGCCUGUUGAAGGACUUCUUAAAUAGCUAUAAGAAAUUCCAGGAGAAAGUUCUCAAGGGAAGCAACAAUGGAAACAGCAGAACUGUGAUAAUGGCCAUUCUUGCCUGUGUUGAACAAUUUAGGGACUAUAUUGUGAACAAAGCAGAUAUCUUCCCAGUGGAUGUAAAGGAAUGCUGUCUGUCCAUAGUAGCUGAAAUGAAAAACAUUGGCUACACAUCUUUAACAAGCCCUAUACACAAGGAUCUCAAGUCUCAGUACAGCGAUCUGGGAACGCCUGUCUGGUUGGAGAAGAAGAAAGAGGUGUUUGAUAAGCUGUUUGAAGGAAUUAACAAACACACCCAGGAUCUUAAGGGCUUGACUGACUCCUGUCAUCAGGAGCUGCUGAGCCAGCUGCACUUGGAGGUGACAGUGGAGUACGUGAGGAGGCUACUGAAGAGGAAGAUCAAGCUGAGAGACAAAGAGAUGCAGGAGCAGGCGGCCAGGUUGCUGUGUGAGGAUGGCCAGAGACUACACAAACUGUUCACUGAAGCGGGUUCCAGGGAGGAGUGGCUAAGUGACAUCCUGCCCAAGAUUGCUGAAGUGCUGAAACUCCAAGACAUUUCCUCCAUACAGCUGGAGAUAGUGACUCUGAGUCAAGCUUACCCUGACCUCAGUGAAUUCCAGGUGUCCGCCCUGCUUAGCCUCAAAUCCAACCUUUCUGCCUCUGCCGUGAAGAGGGUAAAGAAGACCCUCCUGGACAACCAGGACACCACCAGCUCCCAGGAUGCCCCAUCUUUUUUCUCCAAGACGGACAAUAUUAAUAUGAGAAGAACGGCCAGUUCAUAAUGAGUUCAGGAAGCCAAGCUAGAGUCCUGUCUGAUGUUCAGAAGGGUGGGGGCAGAAGUUUUGUUCAAGAGAAACCUUUAGAGAAUAUGCACAUUUUCUCUAAUGUGAAACAUGUAUUUUACAGUUAUAAGGAAGUUUACAUUUUAUAGUUAGUUGUUUUAGAAUUUGAUUGUACUAUAUUUAGAAAGCAAGCCUUAUUCAUACAGUUUUGUUGAAUAGGAAAUACAUCAUAAAAUAUUUCAUAUGUGUAUCAUAUUUGUACUGUGCACUUGAGCGUGUGUCCUCGAAAGUGACUACACCUCAGCAAUAAAAACAAUUUUAAAUACCA